ACACAUAUAUAUAUGAUUAUUUUCUAAGAGCACAUCUCUCUGGCACCCUUCAUUGAUACCUCUGUCCUUUACCUCUUCGGGAUUUGACAAGCUCCAGACUCUGUGGAUUCCGACUGCUUUGCAAAUGGGUAUUUCUGCGCAAGAUCUGUUUCCAGCACUCACUAAGACCUCUCAGUAACUGGAGACCUGGCCUGCCUUGCCUACUGAGCUUGGGGGAAGAUUGGAUGCAGAUGAGUUGAUUAUAUUCCAUGAAGUAAUAGCUUACCACCUGCCAGGGUUUAAACUACUUUUGCAGCAUCACUUCACCUGUGGAGUCUUUGAAAUUUUGCUUUCUUGGGGAAAAAACUAGGUAAGAGAAGGCCGUUUUCUUAACAAGUUAGCAUCCUCUCCCUCCCUUACAAGUUGGUGCAAAAGAUCAGGCUCUGACUCCAUUGAACUGCACCUUCACAUCAAAAUAGAAGAAGAAGAAAGGGACAAUGGCUCUGAGUGGAAACUGUAGUCGUUAUUAUCCUCGAGAACAAGGGGCUGCGGUUCCCAACUCCUUCCCUGAGGUUGUGGAGCUGAAUGUUGGGGGUCAAGUUUAUUUCACUCGCCAUUCCACAUUAAUAAGCAUCCCUCAUUCCCUCCUGUGGAAAAUGUUUUCCCCAAAGAGAGACACAGCUAACGAUCUAGCCAAGGACUCCAAGGGAAGGUUUUUCAUUGACAGAGAUGGAUUCUUGUUCCGUUAUAUUCUGGACUAUCUCAGGGACAGGCAGGUGGUCCUGCCUGAUCACUUUCCAGAAAGGGGAAGACUGAAAAGGGAAGCUGAGUACUUCCAGCUCCCAGACUUGGUCAAACUCCUGACCCCUGAUGAAAUCAAGCAAAGCCCAGAUGAAUUCUGCCAUAGUGACUUUGAAGAUGCCUCCCAAGGAAGUGACACGAGAAUAUGCCCCCCUUCCUCGCUACUCCCUGCUGACCGCAAGUGGGGUUUUAUUACUGUGGGAUACAGGGGGUCCUGCACCAUGGGCAGAGAGGGGCAGGCAGAUGCCAAGUUUCGGAGAGUUCCCCGGAUUUUGGUUUGUGGAAGGAUUUCCUUGGCAAAGGAGGUCUUUGGAGAAACUUUGAAUGAGAGCAGAGACCCUGACAGAGCCCCAGAAAGAUACACCUCCAGAUUUUAUCUCAAAUUCAGGCAUCUGGAAAGGGCUUUUGAUAUGUUGUCAGAAUGUGGAUUCCACAUGGUGGCUUGUAACUCCUCAGUGACAGCAUCUUUCGUCAACCAAUACACAGAUGACAAGGUCUGGUCAAGUUACACCGAGUACGUCUUCUAUCGUGAGCCAUCUAGGUGGUCAUCCUCGCACUGUGAUUGCUGCUGCAAGAAUGGCAAGGGUGACAAAGAAGGAGAGAGUGGCACCUCUUGCAAUGACCUCUCCAGCUCCAGCUGCGACAGCCAGUCUGAGGCCAGCUCUCCACAGGAGACAGUCAUCUGUGGGCCUGUGACGCGCCAGACCAACAUCCAGACUCUGGACCGUCCCAUCAAGAAGGGCCCCGUCCAACUGAUCCAGCAGUCAGAGAUGCGACGGAAAAGUGAUCUGCUCCGGACUCUGACUUCGGGCUCCAGGGAGUCGAACGUGAGCAGCAAAAAAAAACCUGUUAAGGAAAAGCUCUCAAUUGAGGAAGAGCUGGAGAAAUGCAUCCAGGAUUUCCUGAAGAUCAAAAUCCCAGAGAGGUUCCCUGAGCGAAAACAUCCAUGGCAAUCUGAACUUUUACGGAAGUAUCAUCUAUAGUGGAGGGCGGGGGAGGUGGGAGAAGAAACAGAUUGUGUCACCAUUUUGAAGUAAACCUCCUAAAAGAAAUUCAUAUUUGAAAAGAAAAACAAUAACUAACAAUACACGUUUGUUAGAAUACAGUAGCCCAUUGAUAUACUACUGCCUGUUUACCUAGUUCACCUUAACAUGUCAAUCCACAGGGUAGAUUUCUUUCCAGAUGUGGAAGUAUAAGAAUCUCUCUCUCUUCUUUUUGUUCUUUAUUUGUUUGUUAACUUGGUCCCGUGUGCUGAGUAUCUUACGUAUAAUGAGAGCCAGCUACAUAAGUAUAGCUGAGAGGCCUUGGGAAUCAUUUAUCCCAAACUGGGUUUUGCUCUCCUCUUCUACCUCCCUCCUUUGAAUGAGAAUAUGGUAGAGAUCUGACCCAUUGCCAUAGGUCUGAAUUUAAAAAUUUUCCUUUUCCCUUUUGUUUAUGGGGUAAGGGGGGAAUGGCAGAUUUAUAUGACUUUUCACUCAAAUCAAUUAUGUGCCAGUUUAUAUUGACUCCGUAUGCAUGAGUAUUCGUGCAACACAAGCCCAACAAAGUGUGUAUAUACACACAGUGCACGUGAGCCCAGGGCCUGGGCCUCCUAAGAGGUGUGCUUCUGCUCCCAGCAGCACCCUCUUAGAGUCCUUCAGACACAGGAGCCUCUGCUCUUAUCUUAAAACCCUUCUUCGAAGAUUUCCCAUCCUCUCUUGGCAACACUUCCUAACAUCAGAGAACCUUCAUCAUCAACAAAUUACCUUCCUUAUUUCAAAAUUAACACCCUCAGGCUCCAUUUUGCUGCGUUGCUCUUUCACUGCACUAGGAGAAGGUGAGAAGAGCUAGUCACAUAUUCUUUGUGUUUUUUUUAAAAAAACAAAACAUCCCUAAUCCGCAAAAAUGACUGCAAAACGACCCCAUGUGCAGCCUUCUCUACCCUGAGCUGAAUUACCUUCCUUCUCGCAGUGUUUUCAGAGUCCUUACUGCCCACGUUUUCAUCGUGUGGCCUUUUCACGUAUUUCGCAUUAAGUUCUCUGCAUUCCCGUGUAGCUGUGGAAGUAAGAAAAACACACAGCACUUGGAUGAGGUUCCAGCCUUUUGUUUUAAGAGGAAAUUGUAUUCCACACCCCUCCUAGUAAUGUCUCAUAACUUGUUCAAAUUGCAGUGCUUCACUGUUACUUCCUUAUAUCCAGUUUUUUUUUUUUGCCUUUGGGAUCUGGGAUUUGGCUGUGUCCAUACUAGGAUUUGGCUGUCGUUUCUGUGAUGUCUGUGAACAACCCAGCUAGAUAACUGAAGCUCUGAAAUUAAGACUUUGGCUUUCUGAACUGUCUCUCUUGAUUAUAUCCUUCACCUAUAUAGACACAGCCAAAAAGAUACUGUUAACAGCCAUCCAUCCAUGUGACUCUGUAUUCUAUUAAUGUACCAAUAGUUUUUUCAUAGACUUGUGGUAAGUGAAGAUUAAAGGGCAAGUUUUUACUUUCAGCAUUCCUUGUGCAUUUCAGUGGGAACUGAAAAUAUAAUUUGUCCAUCAUUAAUUGUGUGCCAAGCACUACUAAUUUUUUUUUUUUACUCUGUGUGUGUGUGUGUGUGUGUGUGUGUAUGUGUAUAUGUAUCACAGGUAAUAAAGGCAACUGGAUGAUGUUUGUAGGAGGGAAACAUAAUGACCAAUUGCUCCUUUUUGAAAUCUUUCACUGAUGCACAUUUAUCAUGUAAGAGGUCUGUCUUGAUUCCCGUUACUAUUGCCCAUUGAGUAUAUGGAUAUCUUUCUGAAUUUUUAUUAAUUCUUACACCUGGGCAACAGACUCAGCCAAUGUUUUCUUGUCCUGAUGGUUCAAACGGACUUUACAGUUUUGCUGAAGUGGAAAAGAAAGGUCAUUUGGGGAGCUGAGUUGUCAAGAGAAUUAUAACGAUGAGUUUAAGUGGUGUUCUUUUUUUGCAGUAGUAUAUUAGCAGACGUUUAAUCUUAACUACAACCUAGCUUUGUACCGUAUGUCUUCAUUCUUUUCAGUGUUUCUUUAUACCACAUCAAAAUAUCAUAUUAAUAAUAGAAGAUUCUGCAAAGGAUCAUAGAACUUAAUGGGCCAAGAAGUUGAAUUUGGUGAAAAUAUCCCCAAACUCACUUUGGUCAAAUGAUUCUUAUGGUCCUACUGGAAGUUCUGUCAAAGAGUUGGGGGUCUAACUAAAAUGGCCAAAGUCCCAACUUUCUUAAAUUUCAGACCUGAUUGUCAUGCCUUCAAGAUAGAAACACACUAGUAAGAAUUAGAGAACUAGUAAGAUGACAGUCAACACACUACUCCUACUACAUACUUUAAAUAGGAAGUUAAACACUGCAAAAGAAAAUGUUCAUGGCAUUAUUUCUCUGUUCUUUGACCUGUCAUGAAUUUGUUUCUGUUUAGGCUGUCUUUAUACCCCCAGUGAACAAAACCAGUGGUGGCAAGUCUGUUUAAAACAACAGUAACAUUCUAAAUGAGUCAGCUCUAGACUGAUACACCAGAUAGUCCAAGUAGCUGAAACAACAACAUGGUGUUCAUUUGUGUGGUUGUUGGUGUGGAGAUGACAGUAGACCUGAUCAGUAAAAGGCUCUGCAGAGGAACCGAGGCCAUGGACAUCUUCAGUCCUAGUUCAGGUGGAGUUCAUGUGAGGUCUGUGUGGCCUGCAACGUUGGAGAUGAGUUCUGGGUAAGUGAGUUAGAAGAUGAAAUGCUGUAGUGGCCCUGCACCAUGAAUCAGGCCCAUUUUCCUGAACUUAAAAUAGUUUGAAGAACUUUUAGUUCAUUUCCGGACAGAACAAUAUAUAUGGCUCGCUUCUUGAAUAUUGGUUAUGACAAGGGCAGAUAUGAAGAGACUAGUAGCAUCAAAUAGGUCAAAUGAAUAACGAAUCAUAUGUGCAAAGCCCCUACUCAGGUAGCCUCCUAGAAAAUUCUGCAAUGCUAAAAUCCAUUGAGCUUGGGGAGGUCAUUCUCUAUGGUACAUGGGUCUUCUGAAGGCAGAACUAUAUUUAAAAUAAAGUCCCCCUACCCACUGUCAAAAAGGGAGUGUGUGUUUAGCAGGAAAGGGGGAAGACAGGAAAAUAAAACUGUUGGGUCAUUGUGGCAGUGUGCUCUCCCUCCCCCUGCUAAGAAAAAAAUUGCCCUGAGAUAUGGCUAUAAAACAUCAAAGUGAAGUGGUUUCCAAAAGUUGCAGUGAUGUUAUCCUUUGUAAUUGUAGGCACAGUUACCUUCCUGGAAAUACAUGCAUGAUGAAUUAUAUUAAAAGGGGAACAAUUCACAAACCGUAAGUGUUCCCUUUGUUCUUUAUUCCUCCAUAGCUAUGUCUACCCCCAACCAAUUUGCAGGGGUUACAUCUAUCAAAGGGGAGCUAACAAGGAUUUUUUCACUUUUCCAUUGGCCUUGUUUGGGGCACCUUUAUCCAUAGGCACAGACCAGAUGUGUAUUGUUCAUUUGGGGUCCUCUUAGUUCCCACUGUUUGUGCUUCUGGAUUACUUUUGCUUCUCUGAUUAUCCUUUCUGAUUCCUUUAGAUUUAGAUUCCUUCCUGAUUAUCCUUUGUCUGUGCCAAGCAAAACAUGCUCCAGUGAGACAAAGAAAAGGCAUAUGUGGUGUUUUGCAAAAUUACUUGACCCCAACUCCCAAAAUGGGAAACAAACUUUGAUUCUCAUAUAUUUUUCUCUGUUACAGUUUCAAAGUUCCAACUUUGUAUUU